UCCCUGCCGCCACACCAGCUGGGCGACCUCCGCGGCGCGGCCCCCCUUCACUUCCCCCACAUCUGCGCCCUGUGCGACAAGAAGAUCUUCGAUCUGAAGGACUGGGAUCAGCACGUUAAGGGAAGUCUUCACAUCCAAAAAUGUAUGGCUUUUUCAGAUAACACUGGUAUCCGAUGUGUGUUAAGCUCAGCAGAUGGAACAUUGCAUUUAUCGCCAAAUAAUGCAGCAGUUUUCAAUCCGUCUAGUAUCGAAGAUUAUCCACCAAAUGUCGGCUCAUCUUUUAUCACUACGUCAGCAAGAUCCUUUGGCCAGCCAGGUCCUACAUUUUCUUCUCCUCCAUCAGGGUUUCCCCAGAGGAAAUCCACGCUUGGUCGAGUUGUUCACAUCUGCAACCUCCCCGAAGGAAGCUGCACAGAGAAUGAUGUCAUUAACCUGGGCCUCCCGUUUGGGAAGGUCACCAACUAUAUCCUCAUGAAAUCCACUAAUCAGGCCUUUCUGGAAAUGGCUUACAGCGAAGCAGCACAAGCCAUGGUGCAGUACUACAAAGAAAAACCUGCUAUGAUAAAUGAUGAUAAGUUACUUAUUAGGAUGUCUAAAAGAUACAAGGAAUUGCAGCUGAAGAAACCAGGUAAGAACGUGGCUGCUAUCAUCCAGGACAUCCACUCGCAGAGGGAGAGGGACCUGCUGCGUGAAGUGGACAGGUAUGGCACGGAGAGGCCCCGCUCUCGCAGCCCCAUAAGCCGCUCCCUGUCGCCCCGAUCCCACACUCCCAGCUUUACUUCCUGCAGUUCACCCCACAGCCCGAUGGGGACCGGCAGGACCGACUGGGGAAAUGGGAGAGAGUCAUGGGAUCAGUCCCCGUAUUCUCGACGGGAAGAGGAAAGAGACAGCAGAGAAUGGCGAGAGAACGGGGACGAGAAAAGGGACAGGACUGACAUGUGGGUACACGAGAGGAAACAUUAUUCCCGACAGCUGGACAAGUUUGAUUUGGAUGAACGGAUUGAAGGAGGCAGAGGGCACAGAGAAAAAUAUUUAAGGAGUGGUUCCCCUGGCUCCCUUCACCCUUUAUCUGGCUACAAGAGCAGGGAAGAUGACUAUUACCGGAAAACCUCUAAGUCAAAAUCUGACAAGUUUCAAAGGCAGCUGCAGGAUUUACCUGGGAGAUCUAAGAGAAAGGAAGAGGCAAAGUUAAGGGAACGCAGGCAUUCUUACAGCGAGGACGCCACCAGGGAGGAGGCGGCUGAACAGAAGCAUAGCAAAGCAUCUGAGAGCUCCAGGCAAAAACAAAGUGAUAAGAAUAAGGUGAAGAAAGCUGAAAAAGACCAAGAGGAAGAUGCUGAUGCUGCUGAAGGCAGUGAUGUGAAGGAAACCAAACCUUCUGAGAAUGAGCUUGGAAAAGAGGAGCAAGUUCCAGAGAAGAGCUCACCCUCAGCUAAUAAACAAGGAAAAGAAUCUGGAGAGAUUCUGGAAAACACCAGAAAAGACAAGGACCGAGAGUGGGAGAGUGGAAGUGAGAUAGAAGGUGAGACCUGGUAUCCUGCUAACAUGGAGGAAUUAGUGACAGUAGAUGAAGUGGGAGAAGAUGAUUUAAUUAUGGAGCCAGAUAUAACUGAGCUUGAAGAAAUAGUACCAGUUGAUAAAAAAAAUAAAACUGCUUCAGAAAUGUGUCCCUGUAUGUCAACCAUGUUAGAACUGAAAAACGAUCACAGCCACUUACCUAGGAGUGAAGACAAAUUUGCCCAUAAAGCUUUAGAAACAAACUUCAGAUCAGCAAAGGUCAGUGUAGCUGCUAGUGGCUGUCAGGAUGAUGAUGAGGAUGAUGAUAAUGAUGAUGCUGUAACUGAAGCAUCAAGCCUAAAUCUGGACCCUGAGCAGAAACCAGAGGAAUUGCAAGAAGACCAAUCAUCUAAGGAGUCUGAUCCCCAGCAGAAGGAAGGAAAAAUUGAUAAGAGCUCUGACACUUGCUUAGAGCCUGAAGAUCACCAUAUACCUUCUGUUCAUCUGAAAGAAGAGACUCUCCAGCUCCCUGAUACAUUUAUAGAUGAUUACAAACAGAUGGGAUCACAAGGAGCUGAGAGCAGAGAAGUUAUGGAAAUGCUUGUUAAAAAUGCUAGUGAAGAAACACGACGUGGAAGCCAAGAGUGUCCAGAGGCCAAGGCAAAUUCUAGGUACCUGGAAAUGAGAUCUCUGGAAUACCCAGAGGUAGAGGCUAAAAGAAGGCACUCUCCACCAGGCUGGGAACAAGAGGAUGUCUUCACCGAACUCAGCAUUCCCCUGGGUGUGGAAUUUGUGGUGCCUAGAACCGGGUUUUACUGUAAGCUCUGUGGACUCUUCUACACAAAUGAAGAGACAGCAAAGACAAGUCACUGCAGAAGUACUGUUCACUACAAAAAUCUUCAGAAGUAUCUAUCCCAGCUUGCAGAAGAGAGUCUGAAAAUGAAGGAAGAAGGCAGCCAUCUGCCUCAGGAUGACACUGGCAUUGUUCCUCACUUUGCGAAGAAAAAACUAUGA